CCCGUCCAUCUCCCAAGCCAAGCCAAGCAAGCAAUUUUAUUUUAAUAUCUAAUAAAAUCAGCAGUUAAGCGCCCCGGAGGACACAGCAUGAUCGCAAUGAACGCCACGCGCGACCUCGUCUCCUCCGGGCUCGGCCGCGUCAAGCAGCAGGCGACCGCCGUGGCCUCCACCGUCUCGCCGUACCUCGUCCCCAAGAUGAGCGCGGGCGAGCUCGUGGCGUCGGGGCUCGGCCGCGUCAGGAGCGAGGCGGCGGCCGCGGUCGCCACGCGCGAGGGCGCCGCGCGUGCCGCGGCGCUGGUCAUAGGCGGCGCCGUGGGCGUCUACUUCCUGCUCCCCGCGGCCGCGGCGCCGGCCGCCGCGGGCGCCAUGAUGAAGGCGCCCGGCGCGGCAGGCUUCGUCGUCUCCCGCGUGGCGUUCCUGGCCAACAAGCAGCUCUACUUCAAGGUGCUCCACACGGCCGGCGCCGCGGCGGCAGUCGCGGUCCUCGCGUAGGGAUCGAAUAAUCCAAGCCGGCGAACGCGUGCGUGUAAAGUGUGGAUGUGCGGUCUAGGGGUGCUUGCAUAUGGGUGCGCGGACAAGUAGGAUCGAUCGACGAUCCGUAUUUCAUGGUUUAAUAAGCGCUGCCUAGCUAGUGCUCGUAUUGUGCUGUUUUGUUCGAUAUAUAUCGUUCUGUUUUGUGACUUGUGAAGCAACUGCUUGUCUGCUAGUCUUUGCUGGAAUAUGUACUGGAGUAUACAAAUGGUUUGGGUAA